GCAGUGUUGUCGUGUACACGCACACAUCACACGCCGCCUUUCCCAGCGCCGCGCACCGGCCGCCCUCUCUGUCGCGACACACGGUGACAUCGGGUGACGUUGGGUGACAUCCCGGGCCCGCCGUCGCUCCCCGCAGCCACACGGGCCAUGGCCACGCCGGCCAAGCGCAGGGCCCCGGGCCGCGGCCCCGACAGCGACUCGGGAUCGGCAUCGGGAUCGGGGUCCGGGGAAUCGGACGGCUCGGAGGGCUCGGACUCGGAGGAGCCGAUCGAUGAGGAAGUGAACAUUGAAUUUGAAGCACAUUCCAUAUCAGACAAUGACUACAAUGGGAUAAAGAAGUUACUGCAACAGUUGUUUCUAAAAGCUCCUGUUAACACUGCUGAGUUAACUGAUAUAUUAAUACAACAGAAUCAUAUUGGAAGUAUUAUCAAGCAAGCAGAAGUCCAGGAGGACAGUAGUGACGAUGAUGAUGAAGAUGACGAUGAGGUCUUUGGUUUUAUAAGCUGCCUGAACUUAACAGAAAGGAAGGGUACCCAGUGCGCUGAGCAAAUCAAAGAGCUGGUUCUGAGCCGCUGUGAGAGGAGCUGCGAGCAGCGCGUGGUCGAACAGCUGAGCAAACUCCUGAGCGACAGCACAAAGCCCGUGGGGCUCAUACUCAGUGAAAGGUUCAUCAAUGUUCCACCCCAGAUUGCUCUGCCCAUGCACCAGCAGCUCCAGAAAGAGCUGGCUGAGGCACAGAGAACAAACAAACCCUGUGGGAAGUGCCACUAUUACCUUCUUAUCAGCAAAACCUUCACAGAAGCCACAAAGAGCAAUGCUAAGAGGAGGGAAGGCAGAAAUCAGCAAAAAGAGGAAUUAAUGUUUGCAAAUGCAGAGGAAGAAUUCUUUCAUGAGAAAGCCCUCCUGAAGUUCAACUACUCUGUGCAAGAGGAAAGCGACACCUGCUUGGGUGGCAGAUGGUCCUUUGAUGAUGUACCAAUGAAGCCUUUGAGGACUGUUAUGAUAGUUCCAGCUGAUGGAAUUAAUGCCAUUAUGGAGAAACUCAAGGACUACCUCUCACUGUGAGCUCCCCUGCAAACACCAGGUUUUUAUAAGGCAGCCCUGCAGAACUCUGACUUCACAAUAUUUUCACAGAUGACUCCUCUGUGCUCCUAAGAACAGCCACCAAAUUAAUAUUUUUUAAAUAUUUCGUCCUGUUUUACUUUGGUAUCAUCAUCAAGCAGCCAAUAAAAUCCCCAUGUCAAAAGAAAA